GAAAUAUUUUGAUUAAAAACUCAUUAAAAAUGUCGGAAAUGUCGGAAACGGUCGACAAAAAGUCGGGAAUGUCGUCUCAAAGUGUUUGCGAAAACGAUUUGAAACAACGUCUGAAACAGUCAUUCGAAGCGCACUAUUCUUCGGCCGAAGGAAUCGUUUUACAACUUCUGCCGCAAUAUCGACCGCCGAAAUGGAUGUCUUGGAAGCGAUUGCUAGUCUUAUUGAUCAGCAUUUCGAUGGCAAUCGGUCUUCUGGUGUUUCUAUUGAUUCCGAAAUCCGGAUUUCCGUCUGAAUCGCAACUAAUAUCUCAACAUUCGCAACAAUCGGCCGUUUUGUCGCAAUCUCUCGCUCUGCAGGCCGACCCCACCACCACCACAACCACAACAACAAUACCUCCGGUCCGGGAUCUACUGAUAACAGUGGUUGCAUUGAACGCCACGGUUCCUCAAAUGGACAAAACCUGGUUUUCCCAAAGAGCCGACGCUUACGUCGAACUCUGUGUUCUGGAAGGAACGCGAUUGCGCCGAAUCGGACGAUCGCCGGCCGACCAGAACACCCGAUCGCCGAAAUGGAAUUAUAUGUUCGAUCACGAGACCAGAGUCCGAUCGGACGCCAUCUUGCAGUUCGAAUUGAUAGACAAAGACCGAUGGAAUGCCGACGAAUCCAUUGCCAAAGUUUUCGUCAAAUUAGACCAAUUGGUGGCCGAAAAAGACGGAAACGGAAGAGUGGAAUCGCGUCCAUUCAAAUCGGGAAGAAUCUGGUUUACCGUUCAUUGGCGGGAAGUGUUGGCCGACUAUUGAACGACAAUUUUUGUCAAUAAAUUCUAGUUUUUUAUCUGUUUUUUAAAAUGAAUCAGAAAUUGAUUUCUCAGAACUCGAGAAUCGCGAAGAACUCUUCGGUUUCGGACUCUUCGGUUCGGUUAUUAUAUCGCACGUGAUUUACGCACAAGAAA